AUGGCACUUUCCGAUGAAUUGACUAUUGGGGACGUGCUCGGCAUCGACCCAGCGCAGGAAAUGAAAUGCCUUGCAUUACGUCCCACAAAAACUGAUUUUGCAUGCAAAGAUCGUAUCAGCGAUCAUGCUCAGAAAAGCGCGAGAGAAGCCCUUUCGGAGAUAAUAAGAUAUGGAAAGUACGACAAGAGGAGGAUUUACAAGAAAAUCAAGAAGGUCGUUCGACUCGUCGUCCACCAGGGAAAGCAUCAGCGCACAUGUCCUAAUGCUUACCAACGCCUUGAGGACAUUUGGAUGCAAAAGAUGAAAGCCCAUUUCGAAAGUCGAGCAUUCAAGUUCAACAUUGCGAAACUUGAAAAGUCGUUCCAAGAGCGAGAGGAGGAGAAAGUCAAGGCCCAGCUUCGGUGGUCUUCUGGUAGUUCCCACGAAACGACCAGCACCGUCCAAAGACAGACUGAGACUGGGAACUCGGACGAGGUCGUCUAUCCCACUUCACCUACGGACUUGACAGACGAUAUGGAGGAGCGGGAGGCUAUCACGGCCGGAUCGUUUGAAUGGUCCCCUUCUACUGCCUACGAGUGUCCUGCGCUCACGUCUCCGAUCAACAAUGUCGUGCCUCUGUCCUCACCAGUCCGAGCAAGCACGUCAGCAGCGGUGAAUGUGCAGCAGGUCAGCACAAAACGCGCAGCUUCCAGUGCUGAUACCGAACUCAAUCGCGCACCAUGUUCAAUAUCGCUUUUCCAGAUCACAUUCCAAAUGCUGCUGAAGCUGCUCCUCCUAUUCCGAAGCCGUUGGACUCGUGUCCGUGUCAAGACGGUAUCGGGCGAAGUUCAGGACGAACUUGUUCUCGAUAUGAUGCUCGUUUGUGGCGUUCGAAUUCCAGUUUACCAGGCGAUUUCAUGGAUGAUGCCCAUUCUUUUGGUUGUAUGGGGCUAUUGUUUAUCGUUUCUUUGGGGCUCAUUUCUGUGGACGAUCGGUCUUGUUCUGAUGGUUGGUGUAUGGUGUCAGCCGAGGAUAUCAUCUCGACAAGAGAUGGCCAGACUAUAG